UGCGCAUGCUCUUUAGCUGUUCCCGUCCUGGAUUGGUGUGUCCAGGGUUUUGCUUUUCGAACCUGCUGACGUGAAGGUGGGCGGGGAAUAAGCGGGGAGAUUUGAAUUUGGAGCGAGUAGGCUGUAAGGCAGCGGGAAGUUGCCGAGGACCGCUAGUGACCUUCGGUUUGUGGAGCUGGUCGUCAACAUGUCCUUUCCUAAGGCGCCCCUGAAACGAUUCAAUGACCCUUCUGGUUGUGCACCAUCUCCAGGUGCUUAUGAUGUUACAACUUCAGAAGUAUUGAAAGGACCGGUAUCUUUUCAGAAAUCACAAAGAUUUAAAAAACAGAAAGAAUCUCAACAAAAUCUUAAUAUUGACAAAGAUAUUACCUUGCCUGCUUCAGCAAGAAAAGUUAAGACUUUGGGAUUAAAGAAGGAGUCUCAAAAGAAUGAUAAAGAUUUGAAGAUACUAGAAAAAGAGAUUCGUGUUCUCGUGCAGGAACGUGGUGCUCAGGAUAAGCGGAUCCAGGAUCUGGAAGCCGAGUUAGAGAAGACAGAGGCUAAGCUAAAUGCUGCAGUCAGGGAGAAAACAUCUCUCUCUGCAAGUAAUGCUUCACUAGAAAAACAGCUUAUUGAAUUAACCAGGACUAAUGAGCUACUAAAAUCAAAGUUUUCUGAAGAUAGUAACCAGAAGACUAUGAGAAUUCUAAGCCUCGAAUUAAUGAAACUUAGAAACAAGAGAGAAACAAAGAUAAGGAGUAUGAUGGCUAAACAGGAAGGCAUGGAGGUGAAGCUACAGGUCACUCAGAAGAAUCUUGAGGAGUCUCAGGGGAAAAUAGCACAACUGGAGGGGAAACUUGUUUCAAUAGAGAAGGACAAGAUUGAUGAAAAAUCCGAAACAGAAAAACUCUUAGAAUACAUCGAAGAAAUUAGUUGUGCAUCAGAUCAAGUGGAAAAAUACAAGCUAGAUAUUGCCCAGUUAGAAGAAAAUUUGAAAGAGAAGAAUUAUGAAGUUUUAAGCCUUAAGCAAUCUCUUGAGGAAAAUGUUGCUAUGCUUUCUAAACAAGUCGAAAACCUAAAUGCUAAGUGUCAGCUGCUUGAAAAAGAAAAAGAAGACCUCAUCAACAGGGAUAGGGAACAGGAUGAAGCUCUGAAUUCUGAAAUGCAAAACUUAAAGGAGAAACUUAUUCUUGAAAAGGAAGAACAUGAAAAGUUACGACAAAAAGAACUGCAAAGUGAUUCACUUCUGCAACAAGAGAAGGAGUUGUCCUCCAGUCUUCAACAGAAGCUAGGUUCUUUUCAAGAGGAAAUGAUGAGAGAGAGAGAUCUCUUUGAGGAAGAAUUAAAGCAAACACUGGAAGAACUAGAUAAAUUACAGCAAAAGGAGGAACAAGCUGAAAGGCUGAUUACACAAUUGGAAGAGGAAACAAAAUCUAGAGCUGAGGAACUGAAACUCCUAGAAGAAAAGCUGAAAGGGAAAGAAGCUGAACUAGAGAAAAGUAACGCUGCUCACGCUCAAGCCACCCUGCUUUUACAGGAAAGGUAUCAGAGUACAGUGCAAAACCUCGGAGAUGUUACUGCUCAAUUUGAAAGUUAUAAAGCAUUAACAGCUAAUGAAAUAGAAGAUCUUAAGCUAAAGAAUUCAGCACUUCAGGAAAAAGUGGCCAGUGCCGAGAAAAGUGCAGAGGACGUUCAACAUCAGAUAUUGGCAACUGAGAGCGCAAAUGAAGAAUAUGCAAGGAUGCUUCUAGAUCUGCAGACCAAAUCAGCACUUAAAGAAGCAGAAAUUAAAGAAAUCACAGUCUCUUCUCUUAAAACAAUAACUGAUUUGCAGAACCAACUCAAGCAACAAGGUGAAGAGUUUAGGAAACAACUGGAAGAGGAAGAAGCAAGAAAAGCUGGAAAAGAAAACACAGUGGCAGAAUUAACUGAGGAAAUGAAUAAGUGGCAUCUCCUUUAUAAAGAACUGUAUAAUAAAACAAAACCUUUCCAGCUACAACUGGAUGCUUUUGAAGCAGAGAAACAGGCUUUGUUGAAUGAACAUGGAGCAGCUCAGGAACAGCUUAAUAAACUAAGAGAUUCUUAUGCUAAAUUACUGGGUCAUCAAAAUCUAAAGCAAAAAAUCAAGCAUGUUGUGAAACUGAAAGAUGAAAAUAGCCAACUCAAAUCGGAGGUGUCAAAACUCCGCUCUCAGCUUGCUAAGAAAAAACAAAGUGAAACAAAACUUCAGGAGGAAUUGAAUAAAGUUCUGGGUAUCAAACACUUUGAUCCUUCAAAGGCUUUUCUUCAUGAAAGUAAAGAAAAUUUUGCUCUCAAAACCCCAUUGAAAGAAGGCAAUACAAACUGCUGUUGAGCUCCUGUGGAGUUUCAAGAAUGAUGCAAGUAAACAUCUGAAAGACCUGUUAAAGAUUAUUUCAUUCUUACUGCUUUUAUUAUUGUUAUUGCUAUUGUUGCUGUUACUAUUAUGUUUGUAAUGAGUAUUCUUAAUGUAUUUAAUAUUAACUUCCUAUCCUUACGUAUGUAAAUGGAAGUUCAACAUUUUUACCAAUAUGACUUCCGACUUUUUUUUUCUAUUGUCUGUACCUCCCCUUGAUGCUUACCUUUAUCACCUCAUUCUAAAUCUCACUGGCCUUCCAUCUUUACAACUCAUCCCAGCAAAUCAACGUUCCUUUAAAAAUCACUCAGAUUAUUAUUCCCCUACUCUGAAACCUUAUUUGGUUUCAAGAUUCAAAUCCAUAGGUUUUUUGGUGUGAUACUGGAGGCCUUUUCUAAUCUGAGCCUCUUAAGCUAGGCUAAAACACGUUGGCCCGUUCCUGCCUCUCCGUUGAUUGUCUAACAAGGUUCAUUCUAUCAUACCCAUCAUCCAUUUUUCCAGUUCAAAUAAGAAAUAAGUGUAUGCCUAACUCCAUAGUAUUCUCUUUGUCUCCUACCAGGGUCACUAAGUUGGUCAACAAUUUGUGGAUUCCUAGACUCUAUCUCAGUCCUACUAAAUUAGAAUCUGGUGUUCAGCUUGAAAAUACGCAUUUUUAACAAACUCUGCAGUCAAUUCUUAGAUUCAGUAACACUCUGAAAACCUAUGCUCAUAACCUCAACAGAAUUUGUUAUAGAGUGCUUGCCAUCUGACUACUGGCUGCUUGGUUAAUAUUUUUGUAAUAUGAAAUAAAAUCACACAUUAAGUCAUUUACCCAAUUA